AUGGGCGCGAUGGAUGACUUGGCGCUGGAGGAGGAGCCCAUCGAGCCCCUGCAGCGCGCCUGCCCGGUGCAGCCGGGCCAUCUCUUCCUCUCCCUCGAUCCCAAGCGCCGAUACGAAGGAGGAGCUUCCGAAGGCACGCCGAAUCGGACCUUGGCCCUGCUUAUGCAGCAGCACAGGGAGGUCAUGCAGAGGUUUGACUACCAAGACGAGAUCUUGAUCCAAGCUUUGCCCCGCUCUCCAAAAGCCAAGAGGAGCUUUGUAAAAAUGCGCGGGCCGGUUCUACUAGGGGACCUUCAGGAACGGCACAAGGACAGCCCCAUCCCGGACAUCGCGCCGCCGGUUGAGAAGGAGGCUUCGGUUGAGAAGGUGGCGUCGAACUCCAGUGCGAACGGCGAGGUGAAGCGCGCCUCCCACCGGAAGUCCUUCACCCCGGCGCUGCUGCCCUUCGACCAGUUUGACCUCGCGCUGAAGCGCUCCGCCGCCUCGGCCGACGGCACCCACCGACGGAAGAGGUAUGCUAGCGUGAGGAAGCACCUCCCUUCCACCACUGAGAGGGCCCAGUGGUUCUUGCAGACUCUAGUGCUCCACCCGGCCUUCGACCUGUUCUUCGGCUUCGUGGUCCUCGCCAGCUCCGUCUUCAUCGGCGUAGAGGUCCAGCAGGGCCUGGGGACACAAGACACCACCCGGCCGCCGGCCAUCUACGUCUUCCAGUACAGCUUCGCCUUUCUCUUCGCGCUGGAGCUGGUUCUCAGGCUACUGGCGGAGGGCUGGCGGCGCUUCCUGUUCUCGGAGGAAUGGAUGUGGAACUGGUUUGAUGCCUUCAUCGUCAUCACAUCUUUGUGGGAGUUGGUGAUGGACAUCGUGUAUGUCUGGCACGGGGACUCGGCGCAGAUGGAGAAGGUCGCGGGUGUCGUCAACCUCAAGGCCUUCCGCGUGAUUCGCAUCACGCGGGUGGUGAAGGCGGUCCGCCUCAUGCGGAUCUUCCGCUUCGUCAUCGCACUGCGGACGCUGAUCACCUCGAUCAUGCACACGCUGGUGUCCUUGUUCUGGGCCCUGGCCCUGCUGAUUUUGAUCGUCUACGUCUUUGCGGUGCUGUUUGUCCAGGCGGUGCACGAUCACUUGAGCGACCCGGAUCUGCCCAGCCUCUCGGAACGAGAGCUUGAGGCCAGCCAGCGCUACUUCGGAUCCUUGGCCGACACCAUGCUCAGCCUCUUCAUGUGCAUCGCAGGGGGUGUGAACUGGGUAGACGUGCAGGAGCCGCUGAAAGGCAUAUCUACCAUGUGGGUCUUCUUCUUCCUCUUCUACAUCGCAUUUACGUACUUCGCAGUCCUCAACGUGGUGACGGGCGUCUUCUGCCAGAGCGCCAUAGACAGUGCCCAAAACGACCAUGCCACUGUGGUGCAGUCGAUCUUGGCCAACAAAGAGGCCCACGUGCGCAAGAUCCACAACCUCUUCACUCAGUUUGAUCAGAAGGAGACCGGGGUCAUCACCUUCGCCAUGCUCGAGGAGAAGUUGGACUCCCCAGAAGUGCGGCAGUACUUCGAGACUUUGGGCCUCGAUGUCUGGGACGCCUGGUCCUUCUUCAAGCUCCUUGACCUGGAUGCAGGCGGCGCGGUGGAGAUCGAGGAGUUCUUGAUGGGUUGCUUGCGCUUGCGCGGGCAAGCGCGCGCCAUCGAUGUGGAGAAGAUCAUCUACGAACAGACCUGGCUGAUCAAGAGCCAGGGCAAGUUCCAUACCUUUGUCGAGCUUGAGCUGAAGCAAAUGAAGGAGCAGCUUCACCUGCUCACGGGCAAAGCCUUCCGCUCGGUGGAUAGCUACAGCAUGCUGAACUCCCCGGAGCAGUCUGUGGAGCUUGCCGCCUGGCCCAGCCUUCUGGAGAACCGAUGA